GCUCAUGUAAAGUCCCGGUAACCAGUUGAAUGUUAUUCCCCUGAUAGAAUACGGGGAGAGUUGAAUAUAUAAAUGCAUACAAUGGUAACCUUUCUCCAUACUACAAUCAACAGUUUUGCAGCUAACAUUACAGCCCAAAAUACAAACGCAAUGUAUUCACAAUCCUCAGCCUAUUUAUGUUUAGCCAUUUUGGUUUGCAUACAAGUUGUAACAUCAAGGUCUAUAGAUGACAUAUCAAAUUCUAGAGAACAGAGACAAAGACGCGAUGUGACAUGGGAUAAGCAAGUUGGUAAAGGCACUGUAUUCGGAACUCUUGGCAACAACGAUCAAGGAUUAUUCGGUAAAGGUGGCUACAAACAGGACAUUUUUAAUGACAACAGGGGAAAGUUGCAAGGACAGGCAUACGGUACAAGAGUGUUGGGUGCGACUGGGGAUAGCAGCUUGCUUGGCGGUAAACUCAACUGGAAUAAUGUCAAUAAGGAUGCCAAUGCUGCCAUAGAAAUAACUAAACAGAUACACGGACACACUAACGUCGAUGCAGCAUUAUCUAAAGUAUGGAACGUUGACAAAAACACUCGCUUCUCUGCUGGCGGUACUCUCAAUACUGACAUCGGUCGCGGCAAACCCGACUACGGUGUGGGUGCUACCUUCGAACAUAACUUUGGAUAGAUACUAAUAAUCAAGUUUAUUUGAGUCCUGGACGUUACAGAGCUAAGCUCGCAAUACGUGGGCGUUGUCUGAUUCUAAUUCAGAUUCUAAUUCAAUGCCUACACAAAUGUAUGGCAAUUUCAUAGAUUCACAAAUAAUAUGUUCAUAUUUGUAGUGAUUUUAUUAAAAUUGUAAAAUAAAGGUAGAUUUUGAAGACUGUUAUCAAUUUUUAUAAGGUUUAUUUCCUGAUCUAACAGUAUUUGUGUAUUUUCCAAUAUAACAAUUAUUAAAAAAAUAAACAAAUUA